AAAAACAGUUUGACUAUUGGCAACAUGAGUAAGAGAGAGAGAAGUGUGUGUCAACAAACUUGGGCCUUAUUAUGCAAGAAUUUGCUUAGAAAAUGGAGAAUGAAAAGGGAGUCCUUAAUGGAAUGGUUGAGCUUAUUGCUCCUACUGCUUUCUUGGUAUAUACAUCCUAUUAGUCAUGAAGCCACUGAUUUUUCUUCACUGCCUACCAUGGACCUGGGACGGGUAGAUUCAUUUAACCUAUCUACAUAUACAAUUGCAUACAUACCUCUCACCAAUAUAACCCAACAGAUAAUGAAAAAAGUUGCCUUGGCCUCCUUGAUAAAUGAGACAGACGUCUUGGGACUGUCUGAUGAAGAAAGUAUUGAAGAAUUAAGGGAAAAUUCUCCUAGGGAAGUAGUAGUAGUCAUCUUUACUAAUAUAUCCUCAUAUAAUUUGGAAUUCUCAUGGUAUAAACCAGUUUCAAUAAGGAAGGAACACAGACACCAUACAGCUCAUUGUUAUGAAACAUAUCGGGAAGAUAUUGACUGUGGAAUUACAACACCCUGGAAGGAAGGCUUUGUGGCUCUUCAAGCUGCCAUUAAUGCUGCUAUUAUAGAAAUCACAACAAAUCACUCAGUGAUGGAGGAAUUGAUGUCAGUUACUGGAAAAAAUAUGAAGAUUCAUCCCUUCGUGAGUCAAGGAGGGACAACCAUGGAUAUCUACCUUUUAUUCUUCCUUAUUUCCUUUUCCCCAUUCAUUUAUUAUGCCUCUGUUAAUGUUACAAGAGAGAGGAAAAGGAUGAAGGGUUUGAUGACAAUGAUGGGUCUUCGACAUUCAGCAUUCUGGCUCUCCUGGGGUUUGCUCUAUGCUGGUUUCAUCUUCAUCGCUACCCUUUUAUUGGUGCUUAUUAUAAAAUCUAUCCAAUUUGUCAUUUGGACUGGCUUCAUGGUGGUCUUCACUCUCUUUUUCCUCUAUGGAUUGUCUUUGAUAGCUUUGGCUUUUCUAAUGAGCGUCUUGAUAAAGAAACCAUUCCUCACUGGCCUGGUCAUGUCCCUUCUCACUGUCUUUUGGGGGAGUCUAGGAUUCACGGUCUUGUACAGGCAUCUUCCUGCAUCCUUGGAGUGGAUAUUGGGUUUUCUCAGCCCCUUUGCCUUCAUGCUCGGAAUGACCCAGCUUUUACGUGUGGACAAUGAUGUGAAUUCCAAUGCAUUUCCUGCUUUUUCAAACUACUCAAGUCAAACAAUAGCAGCACAUUUUAUGUUGGCUUUUGAUAUUUUCCUCUACCUGGCAUUGACGAUUUAUUUUGAAAAAAUUUUGCCAAAUGAAUAUGAACACCAAUACUCACCCUUGUUUUUCCUGAAGUCCUCAUUUUGGUCACGACAACGUAAUGCUGAUCAUGUGGCCCUUGAAGAUGAAAUAUAUUCUGAUCCUUCAUCUAAUGACUCUUUUGAACCAGUGUCUCCAGAAUUCCAUGGGAAAGAAGCCAUCAGAAUAAGAAACGUUACAAAAGAAUAUAAAGGAAAGCCUGAUAAAGUAAAAGCUUUGAAAGAUCUGGCAUUUGACAUAUAUGAAGGCCAAAUCACUGCAAUACUUGGUCACAGUGGAGCUGGAAAAUCAACACUAUUGAACAUUCUUAGUGGGUUAUCUGUUCCCACCAAAGGUUCCGUCACCAUGUAUAGUAAUAAACUUUCAGAAAUGGCUGACCUAGAAAAUAUCAGCAAGCUCACUGGAAUUUGCCCACAGUACAAUGUGCAAUUUGACUACCUCACUGUAAGAGAAAAUCUCAGACUCUUUGCUAAGAUAAAAGGGAUUCCACCACAGGAAAUGGAACAAGAGAUACAAAGAGUUGUGCUGGAGUUGCAAAUGGACAGUAUUGAAGACGUCCUUGCUCAAAACUUAAGUGGUGGACAGAAAAGAAAACUCACUUUUGGGAUUGCCAUUUUAGGAGAUCCUCAGAUUUUCCUAUUGGAUGAACCAACUGCUGGGUUGGAUCCCUUUUCAAGGCAUCAAGUGUGGAACUUGCUGAAGGAGCGGAAAAUGGACCGUGUGAUCGUGUUCAGUACCCAGUUCAUAGAUGAGGCUGAUAUCCUGGCUGACAGGAAAGUGUUUCUCUCCAAAGGGAAGCUGAAGUGUGCAGGCUCAAGUCUGUUUCUAAAGAAGAAAUGGGGGAUUGGGUAUCACUUAAGUUUGCAGUUGAAUGAAAUGUGUGUUCAAGAAAAAAUAACAUCCAUUGUUACAAAGCACAUCCCUGAUGCCAAAUUAUCAGCGAAAAGUGAAGGAAAACUUGUCUAUACAUUGCCCUUGGAAAGAACAAAUAAAUUUCCAGAACUUUAUGAGAACCUUGAUCUCUGUCCUGACCUGGGAAUUGAGAAUUAUGGUGUUUCCAUGCCAACCUUGAAUGAGGUGUUCCUGAAACUAGAAGGAAAAUCAACUGUUGAUGAACCAGGUAUUGCCACAUCUGGGGAAGUACACGCAGAAGGAGCUGAAGACACAGAAAGACUUUGUGAGAUGGAACAAGUUCUCUCUUCACUAAGUGAGAUGAAGGAAAGACUAGGUGGCAUGGCUCUGUGGAGACAGCAAAUCUGUGCAAUUGCAAGGGUCCGCUUAUUAAAUCUAAAGCAGGAUAGAAAAUCUCUUUUAUCACUGCUAUUGAUUCUAGGAAUUGGAGUUUUUUCUGUUCUGUGGGACUACAUCAUCUUCAGUACGUAUGAUGUCAGUUACACAUGGGAACUUUCUCCCCAUUUAUACUUCCUUGCUCCUGGACAACCACCGCAUGAUCCUCUCACUCAAUUAUUAAUAAUCAAUAAUACAGGGGCAAGCAUUGAUGACUUUAUACAUUCCGUGGAGCUUCAGAACAUAGCUUUGGAAGUGGAUGCAUCUGGAAAUAGAAAUGGCAUAGACGAUCCAUCUUAUAAUGGAGCCAUUAUAGUGUCUGGUCACGACAAGAAUUACACAUUUUCAUUAGCAUGCAAUACCAAGAGACUGAAUUGCUUCCCAGUUCUUAUGGAUAUUGUUAGUAAUGGGCUGCUUAGAAUAGUUAGACCAUCAGCACGUAUUCAAACUGGGAGAAGUACGUCUUUGCUGGUGAGUAUGUACUCUAUGACUCCCUCAUCAGGCAUCUCCUGGGUGGCUGGGAUUUUAUUUUUAUUGAGUAAAAUCUGCAGGGUAAAUUAGUGUUUAGAUUCAUGCAGG